AUAUGCCAUUCAACCAUUGUAUUUUUUUAAUGCCAAACGUUUCACAAUUUAGAGCUGGAAAUUCUGCAAUUAUUGAACAAAAGUUGCUGAUCCGAUCGUAGGUAGGUAGAUAUCGGUCGGAUUUGAAGGAAAUAAAUCCGCUACGCCUGCGAAACCGUUGGCUUCCGUUGCAUUAGAAUUUAGCACAGAAAUAAUUAUUUAUGCAAAAACAGCAAAAGUGAGAAUGUGGCGAGAAUGGAAAAGAAAAGAAAAUGUGGAAAAAUUUCUCUAUCCUACUUAAGUUAAAUCAACGUCCCACCUUCAUUCCCACUCCCAUCAGCAUAGAUACUUGAAUGAUGACGUAGUUGUGUGUUUGUACGGCCAUGUUGAUAUGGUUUGUAUGCGUGCGAUAAACGUGUUUAAAAGGCUUCAGUGUGUACGUUAAAAUAAUGUAAGGCGAAGGGGUGGGUUAGUAAUAAACGUUUAAGCGUGUAGAUAUCUCCCAAUCGAUAACAAUGCGGUAGGGGUCGUGGUAAAUUUGAUUAAAAUCGCCGAGGUCAUCGUAAUGGACCACUUUCGUGACCCACAUCAAAUUAAAGAGCUGAAAUAUGUGUGAAACUUCAAAUCGAGAAGUAACCGCCGACAACAUAAACAUGAAUUUGUUUAUAUAGACUCUAUGAAGCUUUUAUCAUGUCAAACAAGAAACAACAACAGUACGUAGGCAAAGCAUCCUCAACAGCUGACCCUGGAAAUUCGGUACCACCUCGCUAUCAACCACCGCCGCUACCCCAAGCGACAACCACCACAGGUAUUCUUAAACAUCCCACUGUGAAAGAGACCAAGCAAUACCCCGUUAAAGCAGCAGAUAAUGUGAAAGUUCCUUACCUUGCUGAUCCUAAUAAAUUUUACCCCACGACUGUAUCGGCGCCUCCCGGUCACAAACAGUACCAAUAUCCCUAUCCACAAAAUCGGGCACCUCCAGUUGCGCGAACGUUUGAGGAGGAUUUGCGAGCUCAAUCUCAAAUUCAUCAAGAUUUGAUUAGAGGUCCUCAAAGGGUAGAGGAGGACAACACCGACGCGCGAUUUCAGCAGCGUCUGCCAAUUAGGUACCCCGACGACGACUUCCAUCGUCACCCUGGCGUUGAUGGUAAUAAUAUGUUAAAAUUUGUGCGCAAAUCCGAUUCAGAUACGCGAAUUCCACCCGACCCAGGUAGGCACGUGCAAAUGCAAAGUAUAUUAUCCGAAUUACGAACUCUGAAAGAGGCAAACCAACGUUUAGCGGACGAUAACCAAGAGUUACGCGAUUUGUGCUGUUUCCUCGACGACGACAGGCAAAAAGGCCGCAAAUUGGCGAGAGAGUGGCAAAGAUUCGGAAGAUAUACCGCCAGCGUUAUGCGUCAGGAAGUGUCCGCGUAUCAAAAUAAGCUCAGAGAGCUCGAUAACAAACAGCAGGAGUUAAUAAAAGAUAAUUUAGAGUUAAAAGAACUGUGUUUAUACCUUGACGAGGAAAGGGGAGGCAGCAGUAUUUGUCCAUCGUGCGGCAGCUCGACAGGCGGCAAUUUGCGGGAUGACGGCGAUGGUUCUAGCUCGAGCACAAAUGCCGACGAACCAGCGAUUCCGCAAGAGUUUAGCGCUACCGAAAAUAAUCCUCCGCGCAGAUCCGCCAGCAGAGAACGUUUACUACAUGAAAAUCUCGCCAGGCAGCGCAACACGCUCAAUGAUCAAACGAUGCACUACGUAAAAACAUUAGAACAGCGUAUUAAACAAUUGGAGGACGAUAAACGCACGUUAACUCACAAAGUGAAUCAAUUCGCGACGUCAGUUGGAGAUCCCACAGUAGAAAUCCCACCUGAUUCCAAUGGCAUUAUCAGCGGACGACCGGAAGCGGUCGUACGCGCACUUCAAGUUCUCGAAGUUCGAGAACAAUUGGAACGUGAGGCUCGCAUGUCCGAUCGCGGCGAGGUGAUUCCCGAAACUCCCACUGGGGACAUGGACGACGGGGAAAAAGCGCUGGUCCGUGAGAUGUGCAACACUUUAUUUGUUGUCAGGUAGUUUGGCGAAAAUUAGAAGAAGGGCCAGCAUCAUCUCGAAGAUGAUGAUUCUUCAAGAGUACAAAAUACGCUCGAAUCCAUACUUUAUUUUAAGCUGUACAAAUGUAAGUAUGUGGAUACAUAUCCUAUGACGUCUUUCCACCAUCUUGCCGAUCUUGUUGUAUUAUUGAUUCAAAGUAUUAUUGUUUGUUUAAUUUAUUUAUUUUAUAAUUGUAGAGUUGAUAUAAUUUGUAUACAUUUUUAUUAAAAGAAUUACCUGCAAAAGGCAGCAGGUAUAUUUUAUACAA